AAAUAACAAUUAUAAAAUGUAUAGGUGAUUUAAGUUUGUUUCGAUAUUAUUAGUUAUGGGUAUAACAGGAUUACUGCCGUUUUUACAAAAAGCCACAAAACCAUGCCAUAUUUCCGAAUUUCGAGGAUCUACUGUAGCAAUUGAUACUUAUUGUUGGCUGCACAAGGGGGCCACAGCAUGUACAUUUCAGCUGGCUAGUGGAGAAGAUACCAAUAUGUUAGUUAAUUACUGUGUUAAGUACUUAAAUAUCCUUAAAUCCUACGAUAUCAAACCGAUACUGGUGUUUGAUGGAAAAAAUUUACCUGCUAAAGCUGAAACUGAAAGUAAACGACGUGAAGCUCGAGACAGGGCUAGGCAAAGAGCUUCAGAGCUGAUUAAGUUGGGUAAAACGAACGAAGCUUUGAAUUAUUUGAGGCAAAGUAUUAAUAUUACUCCGAAAAUGGCUUCUGCCGUGAUAAAGGAAUGCCACAAAUUAGGCAUUGAUUGUAUCGUAGCGCCAUAUGAAUCGGAUGCCCAAUUGGCUUUUUUUAACCUGAAAGGUGUAGCAGAUGUAGUGAUAACGGAAGAUUCUGAUUUGUUAUUGUUUGGUUGUACUAAAGUUUUUUAUAAGUUGGAUUCUACUGGUUCUGGAUACUUAAUAGAAGCUGAAAAAAUACCGAUAUCAAUGAAUAUGAGACCGGAUAAAUACACGUUCGAUAAAUUCAGAUAUAUGUGCAUACUAUCAGGUUGUGAUUAUGUUAGUUCUUUACAUGGAAUAGGUUUAAAGAAAGCAAUGAAGUUCAUUAAACUUACUGAGGAAACUAAUCCUUUAAUAUUUUUAGGUAAAAUUCCUCAGUACUUAAAUAUGCGACAUUUAACUAUAACUGACGAGUAUAAAGAAAACUUUAUGCUAGCAUACGCCACGUUUAAGCAUCAAACUGUUUAUGAUCCAUAUGAAAGAAAAUUAGUACCUCUCAUGGAUCCUGCCAUACACGGAACAAAUCCUGCACAUUGCAAAAAUGCUGGGAAAAUGUUUGAAGAUGAAAUAGCUUAUCAGAUUGCUUUAGGCAAUAUAAAUCCUAAUAAUCAUGAAGUAUUAAAUGAUUGGUCUCCAACAAAAAGUAAACUACCAAAAAACAGCAUUUGGUCGGGCGCUGUUCAUAAGAGUAUAUCUCGAAAACAACUCCAACUCAAUCUUAGAGAUAUGGAAAUGAAGAAAAAGAUAUUAAUAGACAAAAAUAGUGAAGAAAAUGAAAAAUAUCACAAUUGGAUAAAUCAUCAAGAUUUACAAGUACAAGAAGAAAUUGCAGUUUAUUUUAAAGAGCCUCAACAAAACAAAGUAGCCGAAGAACCUGAAGAUAAAAUUGUUGAACAACAGGAUAGACUUUCGCCUGUUCUAACUCGAAAUCCUUUUAUAAAGAAAAUCAGCAAGUUUAGUUUAACAAAGACAGAAAACUCUGUAGUCAUAAAAAGUAGAUAUUUUUCUUCUCAGCCAACACAAGAUCUUGAUAAUAAAAGUUCGAAUGAAUAUGGAUCUGAAGAUAUUACUAAAAUUGAAGCAAUCUCAUUAGACGACGAUGAAAAUGAUUCCAAUAAACCUGUACAUUCCCAAUUUGAAAUAACAAAUACUAGACAAGUAAGCAGCCAAUCUCAAAUAAUAAAUUUAACUGAAGAUGAUGAUAACAAGAAGCAACCUUUACGUUCUUUGUCACAGCCUUGUACAUCUAAGAGUAUACUGGAUAAUAAACGAAAACGAUUAGGUCCUUGUAGGACGUUAGGUUUAAAGAGAGUAAAGCCUGAAAAUCAACCUACUCUUCACAAUUUCUUUAAAAAUUUAAAUACUCGUAAAUAAUGUGUUCUGUUUAUAAAAUUUAUUUAUAUUUUCUUAUUACAUGCUUUAAUUUUUAUACAAUUUGUUUCAUAAUUAUAACUCUACCUCAAAUUAUUAUACAUUCUCGGUUAGUUUGUAAGAAUUUGAUUUCUCCCUAUAACAAUUAUAGUAUAAAUACAAUAUUUAAUAUCAUUCUAAAGUGUGACCUACCGAAUGGAAUGAGUUAAACAAAGAUUGUUAAUUAUUACACAUUAAUUACAUAUUAAAAGUUCAAAUUGAUAUUUACAAGUUUCGGAAACAGCAAUGUUCUAAAAAUGGAACUUUUAUGUAAAACUUUAGGUUUAUCUAUGUGUGCAACUUUAUCUCUAACUUCAGACCUAGACAGAUCGCCUCUCAAAUUAAGUAACCUAAGAAGAUGAUCGUCUGUGAUAUCUGGAUAUUUCUCAACAACCCUGUGAAGCUCGAAUGACAGCAUAUCAUCAUCGCUCUUUAAAACUUCCGAAAGCAUAAUGAUCGCUUCGAAAGGAUUUUCACAUUCAAUAUCUUUGCUAAGGUUUAGAAACAAUCUGUUAAACCUGUUGGCUUCUUCUGAUGAUUUCUGAGCGGCUUUCAUACAUUCUUCGUAAGUUUUAAACGAUACACGCCGGGAGAGCAUGGCUGUGAGGUAUUUUCUACCAACACACGUAAUUAAUUGCUCAGUUAAAUAUUUAUAAUUCGCUUCCACUAAGCGGUUGUAAUCCUGGAAGUAAUCUUCGAUAGUCACGUAUAUUGUAUCAGCUGGAUUAGAAGUGAACCAAUGUGAAGUAAAUAAUUUGUCAAAAUGUUGGUCUAAAUCAACAAAUAAUUCUUCUAAGAGAUUAUGAACUGCGUCGU